AUGCGACUAAAAGAACAGUGGAGUGAAAUGUGAAUCGAGUUACCUAGACACAAAUCUCUUCUGCUUUGAAGCGUGGUCAAUUCUCGUAGACACGCCACUCUCUCUCAGCCUAAUCCACUUUAUAGGGUUGUUGUUAGGAUGAAAGGGAGAAGGCAGGAACCAUGCAUGCGCCCCUGAAUUCCCUUAAUGCUAAUUGGUCAAUUUUCAGCCACUUGUUUUCUGCAAGAGGCGUUGUCCAAGAGUUCUGGCUUUAAAAGUGGCUUGUGUCCGGGAUGUUACCCCCCAAGAAGCAGCAGUUGCAAGUUCGUCGCUGGAGGAAAACCAGAGAGCUACCUUUCUGUGAAAAUGGGAGACCUUUCCCAGCAGCAGCAAAGUGGAAGUUUUUAGCAGAGAGGAGCCAUCCAGUAGCACCUGUUGGGGCUUGGGUGGAGGGUGCCCCAGAAGAUGCAGAUCAAGAGGAAAGCCUGGCAUUUACUUCAGCAGCUGUCAUUGAAGAAGAAUACAGAGAGCAACAAAAAGAAAAAGAGAAGGUUCUGAAACAUUUUCAAGAACAGGUCAAGCACAGAGUGAACCAGCACGUUAAGCAGAGAAAAAAACAGCAACUUCAAAAAUCAUAUGAAGCAGCUCUAAAAGAAGGCUCUGUUGCGAUAGGAUUUUCAGAUUCUGCACCUCAGUUAACUCCCAAGAAAAGCACAUGUUUAUACAGAUGCGACACAAAUUCUGCCAUUUGCAGUUCUGCUGGUGUGCAGCACCCCAGUAACAUGCAGCAGUGGGAAGGAGAAAUGCCAGAUGCACAGUUCUCAGAACAAGCCGAAAGUGUAAGAACAACUGUGCAGCAAGUUCGUUUCAGACUGGCUUCUUGCAAGACUGUAUCAGAAGGAGACCCUCCUUCUGAACUGCCUGGAGGUUCUUGGGGAAACCCUCUGAAUACACAGAAGGCAAAAUCCAACACAACAACUGCAGUAAAUACAGAAGAGGAUUAUCCCAGAGAGUUUCCUCCGAAGGGAUACCAUGGGCUUGCCACAGGAGUGCAAGAGCAGGGAAUGCAGAAACCAGAAAAAGGUGGCAAGGGCGACUACUAUACAAUCCAGCUUGAAAAAAUUAGUAGCGACAUAAUAAAGACUUCCACUUCAGCUGGCACUUCAGCAGUUGGUGCUGAAACCCAAGCUCCUCUCGUCCUGUGGCCUGGAAUGGAGGAAGAAGAGCUGAGAAAGGAGCGUCAAAACCAGUACCUGAGAUACAGGCGUCUCUUCAUGGAUAUCGAAAGAGAACAAGUUAAGGAGCAGCUAAGGCAGAAGGAAUGGCAGAAGAAAAUGGACAAAAUUAAGAAAGAAAAGGAGCACCAGCGGUUUGCAGAGGAGCAGAAAAUGCAGGAGGCUACCUCCCAUGAAAUUCCUAACUCUACUGAGAAAGCUUCUGAAAAACUGGAACAGCUUAAGCUAGAGGACAUGAAAGAAAAGGAAAAGAUUGUAGCAAAACAGCAGAGACACAAAGAAUAUGCAAGAUAUGUAGAAGCAUUACGGGCUCAGAUGGAGAAGAAAAUCAAAAUGUACAAUAUCAGCUUGCCUUCCUUGUGCUUCUGUGGGUCAGAUUUCUGGGACUGUCAUCCUGAUAGCUGUGCAAAUAACUGUGUGUUUUAUAAAAAUCAUAAAGCAUAUGCUGACGCCUUGAGAUCUGUGAUCUCCUCUUGUAACGUUUUUGAUGGAGGCUCAGACACAAGACUCGCAGUUCAUACGUUUGCGACUGUACAUGCCCGUUCUGAGAAGAAUUCUUAAAAGACGAUGGUGCUUCCCUUUUCCCUCUGACUGUUCUAUCAAGACUUCUGCAAACACCUGAUUCUGUAAAUGCAGGGAUGCCCAACAAACUCUGCAUUUUGACCCUAAAUCCCUGUUAAAAUGAACCACAGAGGAGGCCUGCCCCAUGGUAGUCCUCCCUUUCCCCUCCUGUACCAAUCUUGGUCUCCUGCAAGAUGCCACAGUACCAUAACAUUCUAUGCAUACCACAUAAGGAAUUAGUCUUGGAAGAAGCCAUGGAUCGAUCAAAGUCUGGAUGAAUGUUCCCAUUUUCGCAGGGACAUUCAAUCAAAUGCAGCACCUUGGACUCCAGAGGUUUUGCUUUUUCAAGGCUUAAGCAGCAGCAACUUCUCCGUUCUGCUCAUCUCAUUUUGCUUGGGAACAGCCUCACCUUGACUCAAGGCAGCUCUCUUCAUCCUGUAGACUGUAAGAAUGCAACUGAGGUCAUGCAAUCGCUCCAGAAGGACAGCUAACCUCACCAGCAAUCAUGAUCACCGGCCAUGUUCUCAUGAGUGAAUAUUUGCAUGUAAAGAAAUUCAGCCAAAUUACCAUGUUCUAAGAUUUUUUUUUAAAAAAAAUAGCUACUUGUAGAAUUGAACAAAAUCCUGAUCUAUUUGAUAGUAGCUAAGUGUGAGAGAGUCUGUUCACGAUUUGAAUGUGGGAAGAGGGCAGGGAAGGCUGUUGAAAUGGUUCAGCUUCCUUCCCCAUUGUUAUAACUUGAGCCAGAAAGUUACUGAACAAAUUAUUCUAAUUUUGAUAGGAAAAUAUUUUAAACAGAUUUUAAAGCAGGGCUUUUUGGAUGCCAUGCUCUUCUGAUCCACACACUUCCCAUCUGCAGGAAGCCAGGCUUCUGAUAUAAUGUUUUCACCUUUUAAAAUCUUGGUAUGUACCUGUGUACUGUUAUGGGGUGUUUUAUGUGGUAUUACAGCAGCCACACAAAGCUUCUGCAUGUGAUAUUUGGAAGCAGUCUGAUUAGACUGCAGACUUUUCUAGCGCGUAAUUCUUUAUAAAUAACAAUAAAUGUUUUUAUUAUAUAAAGGAUACACUCAUAUAAUA